CUGUUUGUUUACAUUUACUUUGUUUACAAACAUUGGAGUAAAACAAGCUUCUAUUUUGGGUUCUGACGGGGUACGACAGUUGAACUAAGCUCAUAAGGCAUUUAUAAGUUAUAUUCUUCAAGAAUCAACAGGUACAUAUCAUACGUUGUUAAGGCCAAAAAUGGACUUAGCAACUGCUGAUUGCCCCUUUAAGCCUAAAAUAGCAUUUAAACAAAUUCAGGACAAAGUCAUUUUCACGAAUGUUCUUGUUUUCCAACCUUGUCAGGACAUUGUGGUCCUGAUAAGGUAGGGAAACACACACGCAUACACACACACACACACAGGCUCAGAUGGAGAGAUCUCUGUUCACACACAUCUCCCCUUCUCUUCUUCCUCCAUCCAUCCAUCUCUCUCUCUCUCUCUCUCUCUCUCUCUCUCUCUCUGUCUCUCUGUCUCUCUGUCUCUCUGUCUCUCUGUCUCUCUCUCUCUCUCUCUCAGAUGAGGACUAAUGUCCCCUCUUGGUGUGACAGGAUCCUGUGGAAGUCUUACCCUGAGACUCACAUUGUCUGUAACUCCUAUGGUGAGACCCUGCAUCUUCAACAACUCUGUACAGCUACAAUAUUCAACUCCUGACGUUCUGCAUAUGUUUCAGUUACCUUACACCCCUAGUGCUGGCGUUUAGCACAUCAUGUGAUGAAAUCAUGUUUCCCUCAGGCUGUACAGAUGACAUGGUGACCAGUGACCACUCCCCAGUGUUUGGUACGUUUGAGGUGGGGGUCACCUCGCAGUUCGUCUCCAAGAAAGGUACGGCCACUCGCUAUGACAACUAGAUCAGGGGGUUUUCAUCAUCUCACUGUAACCCAAGGGUUUUUAACGUUGUACCUCUGCCCGACCUCUCCUCUCUCUCUCUCUUCUCUCUCUCCCUCUCUCUCUCUCUCUCUCUCCGCUUCUCUCUCUCUCUCCUCUCUCUCUCCCUGCCCUUCUUCUCUCUCUCCCUGCUCUAUCUCUCUCCCUAUCCUCCCCCACCCCCCCCCAGGUCUGCCUAAAUCCUCUGAGCAGGCACUAUAUAGAGUUUGAGACUAUUGAGGCCAUAGUGAAAGACGGCCAGCAGAACAAGUUCUUCAUCGAGUUUACGUAACUGACCUGGAGGGUGAGACAAACACACCUACACACCUACACACACACACCUACACACCUACACAUACACACCUACACACACACACCUACACACACACACCUACACACACCUACACACCUACACACACACACCUACACACCUACACACACACACCUACACACCUACACACACACACCUACACACACACCUACACACACACCUACACACACACACCUAAACACACACACCUACACAACCUACACACACACACCAACACACACACACCUACACAUGCAAACACACUGCCUGGAGGGUGAGACAAACACACCUAUACACCUACACACACACACACACCUACACACACCUAUACACACCUACACACACACACACCUACAUACACACACCUACACAUGCAAACACACACACCUACACACACACACCUACACACCUACACACACACACCAACACACACACACCUACACAUGCAAACACACACACACCUACACACACACAAUUCUACUCUAGAGUCUUAAUUACAUAUUUAUUUCCACCCACUCUCUCUCUCUCUCUCUCUCUCUCUCCCUCUCUCCCUCUCUCUCUCUCUCCCUCUCUCCCUCUCUCCGUAGAGUUUAAGAAGAGUUAUGAGAAUGACAGUCAGAGCAGUGACAACGUCAACUUCCUGCGUGUGGGCUGGUCCAAUAAGCAGCUGACCACGCUGAAGCCCCUCCUCUCUGAGAUAGAAUACCUCCAGGACCAACACAUGCUGCUCACUGUCAAAUCCCUGGAUGGAUACGAGUCCUAUGGUACCACUGGCUGUGUGUGUGUGUGUGUGCGUGCGUGCGUGCGUGUGUGCGUGUGUGUGUGUGUGUUCUGUCUCCAAGCUUUUGUGUGUUACAGGGUUUCCGUUAGGAAAAUGUGGCGCCAAAUAUUUAACCGGCAGCAUUUUAAUUUACCGGAUAUUUCAGAAAUGUACCGGACCCAUAUGCAUUGGGUGCGUAAGUUGAUUAGGCCGUCCACCCACAGUGCUCAGAAUGACAGUAAUCACAUUUAGAUUAUGUUAAUUCAUCUUAACAGAACAUGCAAUUCCAGGAUGCAACGGCGUGCGUCCUUCUUACCAAAUUCCGAUGCGCACUUUGAAGAUGUUAGAAGAACUGUCCACAUUUAGUUUUCCUCAGCCAAAAAGACGAGUAACGAACAGCAAAGUCACUAGCCCAUGUCAAUCUACUAUCCUCCAUAGUAUAAAAGUUGACCUAUUCUAUUGGUCAGCUUGUCGUUCUGUGCGAGAAAGAAGUAGCCUGUUCCAAACUGACUCUGGGACAGUUGUGGGACGAUAGAUCCCAAAUCCAUCCAACCAGUAGGUCUCGGCUACAUCUCAAAAAAACGUUAAAAAGCAAUGAGUCAGAUGCAAAAGAUCAGCACGUUUAGCUUGAUAAAUGAUUUCUUCACACUAAUAAGCGCAGCAAUGCUCACAAGGCAGUAGGCUACAGAUGUCAGAUCUUAACUUGAUCAUGCUUUUGUUGCAGAGAAUUUUCCUGAUGCAUCAGGAAAUUCAAAUGAGCCUUGUGAUUGGCUAAAAAUGAGCAGUUCUCUUUCUCUCCAUGCGGGGCCAGUCGAGUCAUUGGGAUCAGGACUAGAACAGUACUAGUUCCUCCAGACAGUACAGCCCACAGAGAGUAACUAGAACAGUACUAGUUCCUCCAGACAGUACAGCCCACAGAGAGUAACUAGAACAGUACUAGUUCCUCCAGACAGUACAGCCCACAGAGAGUAACUAGAACAGUACUAGUUCCUCCAGACAGUACAGCCCACAGAGAGUAACUAGAACAGUACUAGAUCCUCCAGACAGUACAGCCCACAGAGAGUAACUAGAACAGUACUAGAUCCUCCAGACAGUACAGCCCACAGAGAGUAACUAGAACAGUACUAGAUCCUCCAGACAGUACAGCCCACAGAGAGUAACUAGAACAGUACUAGAUCCUCCAGACAGUACAGCCCACAGAGAGUAACUAGAACAGUACUAGUUCCUCCAGACAUUACAGCCCACAGAGAGUAACUAGAACAGUACUAGAUCCUCCAGACAGUACAGCCCACAGAGAGUAACUAGAACAGUACUAGUUCCUCCAGACAGUACAGCCCACAGAGAGUAACUAGAACAGUACUAGUUCCUCCAGACAGUACAGCCCACAGAGAGUAACUAGAACAGUACUAGAUCCUCCAGACAGUACAGCCCACAGAGAGUAACUAGAACAGUACUAGAUCCUCCAGACAGUACAGCCCACAGAGAGUAACUAGAAACAGUAUUAGAUCCUCCAGACAGUACAGCCCACAGAGAGUAACUAGAACAGUACUAGAUCCUCCAGACAGUACAGCCCACAGAGAGUAACUAGAACAGUACUAGUUCCUCCAGACAGUACAGCCCACAGAGAGUAACUAGAACAGUACUAGAUCCUCCAGACAGUACAGCCCACAGAGAGUAACUAGAACAGUACUAGUUCCUCCAGACAGUACAGCCCACAGAGAGUAACUAGAACGGUACUAGAUCCUCCAGACAGUACAGCCCACAGAGAGUAACUAGAACAGUACUAGAUCCUCCAGACAGUACAGCCCACAGAGAGUAACUAGAACAGUACUAGUUCCUCCAGACAGUACAGCCCACAGAGAGUAACUAGAACAGUACUAGAUCCUCCAGACAGUACAGCCCACAGAGAGUAACUAGAACAGUACUAGAUCCUCCAGACAGUACAGCCCACAGAGAGUAACUAGAACAGUACUAGUUCCUCCAGACAUUACAGCCCACAGAGAGUAACUAGAACAGUACUAGUUCCUCCAGACAGUACAGCCCACAGAGAGUAACUAGAACAGUACUAGUUCCUCCAGACAGUACAGCCCACAGAGAGUAACUAGAACAGUACUAGAUCCUCCAGACAUUACAGCCCACAGAGAGUAACUAGAACAGUACUAUAUCCUCCAGACAGUACAGCCCACAGAGAGUAACUAGAACAGUACUAGAUCCUCCAGACAUUACAGCCCACAGAGAGUAACUAGAACAGUACUAGUUCCUCCAGACAUUACAGCCCACAGAGAGUAACUAGAACAGUACUAGUUCCUCCAGACGGUACAGCCCACAGAGAGUAACUAGAACAGUAUUAGAUCCUCCAGACAGUACAGCCCACAGAGAGUAACUAGAACAGUACUAGAUCCUCCAGACAGUACAGCCCACAGAGAGUAACUAGAACAGUACUAGUUCCUCCAGACGGUAUGGCCCACAAAGAGUAACUAGAACAGUACUAGAUCCUCCAGACAGUACAGCCCACAGAGAGUAACUAGAACAGUACUAGUUCCUCCAGACAUUACAGCCCACAGAGAGUAACUAGAACAGUACUAGUUCCUCCAGACAUUACAGCCCACAGAGAGUAACUAGAACAGUACUAGUUCCUCCAGACAUUACAGCCCACAGAGAGUAACUAGAACAGUACUAGUUCCUCCAGACAUUACAGCCCACAGAGAGUAACUAGAACAGUACUAGUUCAUCCAGACAUUACAGCCCACAGAGAGUAACUAGAACAGUACUAGUUCCUCCAGACAUUACAGCCCACAGAGAGUAACUAGAACAGUACUAGUUCCUCCAGACAUUACAGCCCACAGAGAGUAACUAGAACAGUACUAGUUCCUCCAGACAUUACAGCCCACAGAGAGUAACUAGAACAGUACUAGAUCCUCCAGACAUUACAGCCCACAGAGAGUAACUAGAACAGUACUAGUUCCUCCAGACAUUACAGCCCACAGAGAGUAACUAGAACAGUACUAGCACAGAUAGAACAAUGAGACAGAUAUUUCACCGGAUAUAUAAAUGGAAAGCAUCUGGUUGGCGUUUCCAGUGGCCAGCAGUGGGAGAAGAUGGAACGAGAUGGAUUUUGGCCGACAUUCUGAUAAUUUACUCAUCGAUUAAACAUUUGAUCUCAAUACAGUUUUCUGUUCCCAAAACUACAAUUUCUUACAAACAGAGUGGACUAAGUUUUGUAGACUUUACCCGUUGCCAAAGUUUCCAUAAAGUGCGUUGUUUAGAAGGAGUGCAAAGGCCAUUUAGAGUUAUUGCACACACGCACUUCACAUAGUAGGCGAUCCCCAACUGAAAUAUGCAAAUUCAUGCUAGAAUGCACCAAGAGGAUCUCGCUCGUGCUUGGCUCCGCCACCUCCUUGCUUGUUCUGCCCACUAUGGCUCAUUUGUUCCCAUUUGAAGCGACAGGCUGUGGUCUAUCGUGGUUUAGUUAUAUAAAUCUGUGGUACUAGUUCCUCCAAAAAUGGUCAGUAGUGGGCCGGAUUUGAACCCAUGUCUACUCUGGCAUAUGUGUGCCAUAUUCAGCAGCUGUACUUGCUGGGACCACACAUGCACUGAGAUAAACAUUCAUUGAUUUUGCCUAAUCCUUGCCUUAAACAUAUACCAAAACUGUAACACUUUAUUUGACACCUAGCAUCAUAACACGUUAUGACACGGUCAUAACCAUGUCAUAAUAUGUCAUAACAGCUGACAUAACUUGGUCAUAACACUGUCAUGACCCACAUAUUUACACCUGUUGUGACAUAUAUUGUGUUAUUUUAUGGCUGGUUAUGACACCUACAUAAGUGUCAACCCACAUGUAUUCAAAUGUAUUUUUUCGCUGCCAAGAAGUUUCUUAAAUCCUUUGUUGUUUUUAAUGAAUUCUUUAUAGUCAUGUUUUUUUCAUCAUAUUUUAAAUAACUUAUGACCAGAACAUUAUGACCAUCCUGUGUCACUUUGCUUGGACUAAGAAAAUACACUUUAUAACACUGUCAAUAAGCAUUAUAACCAUCAGAAUCAUGUAAGCCAGAAAGGCCUAUUGCUUACAUGCCUUUAUGUCAUUUAACAUAAUAAUAAUAAUAUGCCAUUUAGCAGACGCUUUUAUCCAAAGCGACUUACAGUCAUGCUUGCAUACAUUUUUGUGUAUGGGUGGGAUCGAACCCACUACCUUGGCGUUACAAGAACCGUGCUCUACCAGCUGAGCUACAGAGGACCACAUAAAAAUACUGUUGGGCAAGUAGGCUAUGGUGUAAUGGAAUGUUUUCCCUUGUGUGGGUAGGUUUUGUGGGUUUUGACACACUUAUGUAGGUGUCAUAACCAGCCAUAAAAUAACGCGAUAUAUGUCACAACAGGUCUAUAUGUUUCAUGACAGUGUUAUGACCAUAUUAUGACAGGUUAGGACACGGUAUGUCAGCUGUUAUGACAUAUUAUGACAUGGUUAUGACCGUGCCAUAAAGUGUUAUGACACUAGGUGUCAACUAAAGUGUUACCAAUAAAACAAUUGAUCUAAAAGAAAAACUGAUUUUUUCUUUAAUUAUUGUGUAAUCCUCCUGUUGCAGGAUUAUUUUCCUCCUGCGACGAAAUGUGGCAUUAAGACUGACAUCUGUAAUGUGAAUGUUCGUUCCAUAAUGUAAUUAGCGGAAAACACCGUUGUCAAAAGCGCACCGCACAUGCGAGCGGUUUCAGGCGACAGAGAUUAAAUUAUCCGUUAGAAAUUUAGAAAAAUUGGAUAUCUAAAGAUGCAACAACUAGCAUGGGUUGUGAAUAUGACCAGGAUUGUGCCUUUGGCUACUGGACAAUGAAAGGAAGUUGAUUUGAAAACCAAUAGAACAUGAGAUAAAUAGGCUACUUGUUUCAAUGGCAUAUGAAAGUCUUUAUAAAAUAAUUGGCAUAUUUUUUUGGCUCGAUACUUUGAAGCAAGGUAAGACAUGCCUCAUAAUAUGAAGUAAAACGUUAAGGUUUCAAACAAUUAAGUAUGUUUUUAAAAUGCAUAUACUGCCUCCAGCUCACAUUGCAAAGUGGUGUGUGACGCGCUGAAGCCUGCCUACCAUUGGCUAAGCACUUGAAUGGCAAAUAAGAAGCGCGCUUCAAUUACUAGUUGAACAAAAGAAAAUUGACUCUUUUUCAUCAUGGCCAUCACAGCUGUUUUUAACACGUAAUUGAAGCGUUUCAGAAUUGUUGCCAAUGAUUUGGGUUUAUAAAAGCAUGUGUCACUCCAGCAACAACAGGAGCUGUAGAAUCAUAAAGACUAAUGAAAAUACACACGCCCAAUUUAAUUCCACAAAAUUAUGCAAAAUAACCUAUAAACCAUAAGCACCGGUGAAAUGUAUUUCCAUCCACAGGUAUUUCCAUCAAUGAAUAGGCUAAAAAAAGUAUUAUUUUGCAAAAUGAUUUUUUUCUUCUCCCUGACAAUUGGCCAGUGACAAUUUUAUUUAUCAGCUUAAAAAUAUAUAUAUAUCUGCCAAAAGCCAGCUAUUUCCAGCUAAGGAAACCCUGGUGUGUUAUACUGAUGGUGUGAAUGUGUCUUCCCUCAGGAGAGUGUGUGUUGGCUCUGAAGUCCAUGAUAGGCAGUACAGCACAGCAGUUCCAUACCUACCUGUCCCACAGAGGGGAGGAGACGGGCAACAUCAGAGGGUCCAUGAGGGUCCGCGUGCCUGCAGAGAGGAUGGGCACCAGGGAGAGGCUCUAUGGUAACACGCUGUGUGUGUGUGUGUGUGUGUGUGUGUGUGUGUGUGUGUGUGUGUGUGUGUGUUCAGGAAUCUGUGGAAAAGGACAAGGAAAGUGAUUGGUUGAUUGAUUGAUUGAUAUGUGUGUGCUGUAGAGUGGAUCAGUGUGGAUAAAGAUGAGAUGGGAGGACCCAAAGGCAGAUCCACCCUGCCCCCCCGAUCAGGACACGACUACGUCAAGUGAGUAACCCCCCCCCCCCCUCCCUCCUAUUCCUAACCACGCCCCCCCCCCCCCCCCCCCCCCCAUUCCUAACCACGCCGGGGAGUUAAACCAUAAACUUCUUAAGUGUGUUCUUAGCAUGUUCUUAGCGUGUUCCUCCGUGUCUCGCAGGCCGUCUUUGACACACAAACACGUGGGGGCGGAGCUUGGGAAGGUGAGCGAGGAGGGAGAGAGGAGCACCAAGGAGGAGGGGACUGCAACCAGGUAACAUACAUAAACACACACAUACACACACUCACACUCUUCACACAAACACACACACACCUACCGGUCCUGCUGUGUGUGUUCCAGGACUAAGCAGGACUCUGCAGAGGGAGACCCCUCCACCUGUAAGAACAACAGCUACAAUAACCCCGCCUACUACAUCCUGGAGGGCGUUCCUAACCAAUCAGCUGCCGCUCUGUCCCCGGAGCACCUCCCCUCCCCCUGCUCCCCCCCAGCCGGUAAGGCACACCCGUCUGGAGGGGGCAGGGGGAAGCCCUCCUCAGGGUCCUCCCACCCCUGCAGGCACAUGGCUGGACACCCUGUCAGGCCCAUCAGUGAGGAGGGGUCCUCAGAGGAUGAUGGGAUUGCAGUGGUGGGGGUGGUGUCAGGGGGAGGGGCAGCCCAGGGGGGAGGAGCGGGAGGCACACUGAACCGUCCUCCUCCUGACUUCCCUCCUCCCCCCCUUCCUAAAGGAGCACAGGAGAUGGCCGACAUCCCCUUCUCCAAACCCCGCUCCCUGCACCCCGACUUGGCCGAGGUGAAGAUCCCCGCAGCCAAUCCCAGUCCUGCCUUUGUCCUGGGGGAGGGCUUUAGGAGGGGAGGGGCUGGGGGGCUGGAUGACCAAUCAUGUUCGGUGCUGCAGAUGGCGAAGACACUGAGUGAGAGCGAGUACCCCCCCUCCCCCCCGUGCCCCCUCUGCACCCCCCCACCACAGAGGCCAGGGGUUGGGGUUAGGGGACGCCUGUCGCACCUUCCCUCCCCGAGCCCCCAUCACAGAGAGCAUCGCUGAAGAUCUACCAGAGGAAGUGAGAUAUUUGUGUGUGUGUGGAAGUACUAUGAAUAAAAGACAGAGAAGUGCUCAUGUUGGGAAUAGGUUAUUUUGAUAUAUUAAUGAAAAGCUUCUCCAGUGUUAAAAUAUGUGUGUGUGUGUGUGUGUGUGUGUGUGUGUGUGUAGGCGCUGUGGGGAAGCAGUAGCUCGUCUCUCUCCGUGGGGGAGUCGUCUGUGGGAGAGUGGCUACAGAGACUGGGGCUGGAGCGGUAUGAGGAAGGUCUGUUACACAACGGCUGGGACGACCUCGAGUUCCUCAGGUACACAGAGACACAGGGUGUUUCUCAACAUGCAUACUACCGUGUUCCCACCUCUCAUGCUCCGAGUGCAUUCUCCAAGGACGUUCUUGUGAGCACGAGAGUGGGGAGAACGCAUAAAACAUUACAUUUGAGAAUCUCCCCGUACUGUAUUACCUCACGCUUCACCUCCCCAUUCACCGAUCCGUCUUCCAGCCAGGACAACGGCAGCAAUAGACGAAACAAGAUAUAUGCAAAGCAAUCGUUUUACUUCAUAAUUAUCAGCUAGAUAUAUGUGAAUCCUAGUAAUCUAGCUAGCUAGUUAAACAGGCAAAAAUGACCUAAAACUAAUGUUAUGCAAGGUACUUUAGAUGUCAAUUCUUCGUGGGUAGCUACCUAGCAAUUAUUCGUAGCUAGCUAGCUAGCCAGUUAGCCCUAUUGACUUACUAUGGAAUUACCCAUUCACUGAUCCUUCCUUCUUCUAGCCAAGACAAUGGCAAUAGAGACGAAACAAUAUAUACACUAACAAUUCUUUGUGACUAUCUGGCUCGCUAACAGUAGUAGCUAGCCAGUUAGCUCUAUUGACUUACUAUGGGCAUACGACCUAAAUACAGUGGGUAUUGUAGGCAGGUAACCAUGCCAAAAUUAACACCGCAUGUAUUUAUUAACGUAUCAAGAUCAAAUAUUGUAGUCAGAGUGUAUUUUCUCUCGCGUCAGCUCAAAUAAUGGCCGCCGUUGAUUUCAAGAAAAUAAUUUCUUACGUGGUUUGCAUACUAUCCGUGCAUCGAUGCAUGCUUCAAAAUAUUUACAAACGGAGAUCGUAUUUGAGAAGUGCCCUCCGUGCUCCGUUUCGCAAACUUUGAUUUGGACUCAUACCCUGACCCUCAGUGCUCCAAUUUGCGUGCUCGGAGUACGGUAGUAUACAUUUUGAGAAACACCCACAGACUCACACACACACACACACACACACACACACACACACACACACACACACACACAGAUAUUAUGUCAAUAAUAAAAAAACAUGAAACAUGUCACUUCAUGAAUCUCAUCCAAUCAUGUUCCUCCUUCUCAGUGACAUCACUGAGGAGGACCUAGAGGAGGCGGGUGUUCUAGACCCCGCCCACAAGAGGAUUCUGCUGGAGAGCCUGAGACAGCAGAAGCAGCAGAAGUGAGCUGAACCAGUCCAUACUGGGCCAUCCUGGGCCAAACCCAGCUGAACUGAGCUGAGACGUGCUAAUCCAUGCCAGACUGUGCCUUCUGAGAGAAAUUGCACUCCCUCCGUUAUACUUUAUUUUGACAAACAGAUCUGUCAAAUGUCCUUUUUUAGAUGUAUUGUGCUGUGUGUAAGUGUCUUUAUGUUAUUGUAACCGUGGCUGUUGUGUUAGCCAGCCUUAUUUAAACAGUAGAAACAUGUCUGUCCUUUGUUAAGAAUCAAAACAUGGACCUCUACCCUGCCACCCCCCCUAACAGACCCCCUCCCUCCCCCCCCCCCCCCCCCCACCCCUUCCCUUCAGGCUGCGACUUCUUCUUGGGUGACAUCACUAGUCUUGCCUCAGCCAGGAAAACACCUUGCUAG